AUGCUAGCGCACCUACUAUUGUUUCCCCCUCCCCGUUUACAAACGGAAUUUGAACGCACAGCACGAUGAGCAGUAGUUAACAUACGCUGUGAUGGUUUACAUCAGUGACGGGACUCUAGCUUCAGUGAAUGUCGUCAAACAAUAUGCCUGUUUGAUACAGAGAUGAGCGGUGAGAACGUGAAGUUGUUUGUCGGGAACCUUCCUUUAGAUGCAACUCACGACGAGUUAACGAAGCUGUUUUGUCCUUAUGGAGAGAUCAACACCUGCUCUUUGCUCAGGCAGUAUGCCUUCGUCACGCUGAAGGGAGAGGGGGCAGCAGACAGGGCCAUACGACAUCUCGAUGGCAAAGAGUACAGAGGCAGGCCUUUGGUGGUUGAGGAGUCACGUGCACGCCCACCCAACUCCACCAAAGUGUUUGUGGGGAACCUCGCCGCAACAUGCUCAGCGGAUGACUUGCACGGGUUGUUCUCAACCUUUGGAAGAGUUUUAGACUGUGACAAAGUCAAAGCCAGGUUAUGCUCAAAUGUUGGCUAUGCGUUUGUGCAUAUGGAGAGGAAGGAGGAGGCCCUCGUCGCUAUUGAUGCGCUCAACGGGACCAUGUACAAGGGCCGCCAGUUAGCCGUAGAGCUCUCCAAAGCCCAACCUUUGAUCAACCAGAUUGCAAUGGCUGGUAAUUUAAACAAUCCCGGAUCAGCAGGAGGCAGGGAGGGUCUUCUUCCGCGACCACCUCCAUCACUAGAGCACCAUCAGAGUCAAGCAGCCGUGCUGGCAGCGGCUGCAGCAGCUGCGGCUGGACUACCCAUACAAGUUCAACAAAGUGUCCAUAAUUCAUUCUACAACACCACAUCCUUUGACCCCACAUACGCUGCUUUAAAGGGCAUUACAAGCGCUAAAGGUGCAGAUGGGGUGAUAUACGGUGCUCUAGCCAGCCAGGUAUAUGGAUCUGUUGCCGACCAGGUGUACCAAGACAUGGCCAAUCACAAUCCUGCAACUGUCACCGCGGUUGAAGAAGUAGAGCCACAAGGUGGACCAGAUCCAACAACGCUUUUCGAGGCAGCGAGAGCAAAGUUCUUUCAGGAGGGACAGAAGGUUCUGGCGGAGCAGCAGUCAGGGAGAAAAGCAGCGUCUGCAGACAGCGAGCGAGACCGCAGCCCAAUCAGAGGAAAUCGAGUCCCCCUCCUCCCCGACCCCGUUCCAGGUUCCUUCGGUCAGAUACGACCUAAACGCCGAGCCCUUCUGCCGACGCCACCUGGGGGACCCGAAGAGUCCCAAGUUGCUGACACGACACCCGAAGGGUCAGAUCCUGUUGCUAGGUCGUACACAGAGUACUACCAGCAAAUGCAUCAAUACCAACAGUAUCAACAAUACCAGCAGCAGUACCAGUACCUCCAGUAUGCCUACACCAAUCCUCCUCCUCCUCCGCCGCCCCCACCAUCCACCACACAGGCCCAGGUCUCCUCCACCGCGCCCCCGGGGACGUACUCGGCGCCGCCAACGUACGCAGAUCCGGGAGCCUACGCGCCGCCCGGAACCUACGACCCCUCUGGAAGUUACGCCUCAGCCGGGAGCUACAAUGCUUCAUCUGGGAACUACGAUACCUCGUCAGGAGGCUAUGACGCACCCGGAGGCUAUGGGGCACCCGGAGCAUAUGAUUCAUCGGGAGCUUACGCAGCAGCGGGAAGCUACUCCGCAUCCACACCGUAUGAGCAGACACCCGCACACGGGCAACCCAUGCCUCAGCGCCAUGAUUACCCUUACCACACGCCAGAACCCCCUUAUCGAUAGUCCCACCCCCCUCCCCCACCCAACCCCCCACACACACACACACACUCCUCUGACACUGCAGAUGUGUGUGUGUGCAUGUUUAUUUUACAUAAGGGACAGUGUAAAACCAGAGAGGGAACAAGGUCGUAAUUUCGAAUGUAAUUCAAAUCAGAAGCAUUUUCCCUUUUUCUCCUUCCAUGAAACUAGUUUCUAACUAGUUUGUCUCGGAUACACGUGUGACACAGUGGGACAGCUGAUUUUGUAAUAUUUUCAAACGUCACAGUUUCUGUUGGAUGAUGCGAGGCACAGCCGGUUCCCCGUUGGUUGUUAAGAGGCUUAAAUGUUCCUUAGGACAGUUGUAGGUGUACUCGGUGGCCAGGGUUGGAUGUCGCAGGAGAAGCUUUUUGUUCGCGCUGAAUCGAGGCCUUUUAUAUACUUUACGCCAACAUGUUCAACAAUUUAGUGUUUGCCGGGAAACCUCUUGAUGAGCAGUCCCAAAAAAUGAGUUUGUUCAUCAUCACGCGUUGUAAAAACGGGCCACACAAUGUCAUGCAGCGAUAAAGUACCAAAUAACCCCCAAAAAAUACUUAUUAGUUAUUAAAACAGGUGAACUUUAAAAAAAAGAUCAAUUAGCCUUUCGGACCGCUUUACAAGAUGCUUUAAGCCUGCAGUCUUUUCUGUUCUCAGACAUCCACAAAGCCAAACCCGAGUGGAGUACAUAACAGGCCUCCGUUAUAAUUCUGCUGCAUUGACCCUUUUCUGCCUGAUUGGUCGUUCACAACUUUAAGUAAAACGAAGCAGUGGCUCGUUGGGGAGGUUUUUCCUUUUUUUUUGGUUGCCUUUACUGAAGAAUCUUCUUUUGGUAAAUAGAGAGAAUGUUUGUCAGUUGACCGGCUUAUUACAUGGCGACUGGCUUCACUGGAUGACUCACUCAGAGGGAUUUAUGCAUCAUUUUCGGGUCAUGGCGAUCUUUUGACAUGUCAAAGGGAUAGACGGAUAAUCAUCAAAGACACUUGAGUUGAAUGUUUGAAAGUCUCUGCGGUCUUGUUGAAACCGGAUUUAAAUCUUGGUAAUGUCCAGAUUGAAGUUAUCCGAAGGCUGGCUGUUAUUUCCCAGUCAAUUUGUAGACCCACUGGCCUUUUAAACUCACCACAGCCAGGCAUGAACGUGACACGCAGAAAAUUCAGCGGUUACAGUUAAUUUACUUGAUUUCUUCAAGUAAUGGUGCACGUUGUUCUGUUGGAGCGGAUUCCCUUGAAUUACCUCUGGAGUUUCGUCAUUUAGGCCAGCCUACUUCUUGAGGUGUACUUAAACUCAGGAGUAAAUUAUUUCCCGUCAAGUCGUGGUUCCACUCAAACAACAGAAUCAUUAAGCAACUUUCUAGUCAUUCAAUUCUAAUUUUUGUGUAGAGUUUGUUUGUGAGAAAACCCUGCAGUCUGAUGGUAAUCCGGUCAGACGUGGACUGAAUGGGAUUGAGCCUGUGCGGCGCGUGAGUGUACAACCUGAAUGUUGUCUUUGAGCUGGCAGCCGGUUCCAGUGCAUCUCUUCUCCUGGGGUUGUGACUGGGUGGAUAUGAGGCGACAGACUCUGUGCCGCAGGUGAAUGCAGGAGUUGUUUGGGGUCUUAGUGAAGGCAGCAGAUUUUUUUCAGAGUAGCCGUGGGAAGGGCCGAUGACCUUUUCCCUCUUCGGAUCUUCGUUAUCCGCAUUCACACCACACCUUGACUUCUCCACACCCAUAAUCCUGAUGCAUUUUAGCCAGGUCCUUUGCAUUUUACUCAUGUGAAGCAGGCUACACGUGCAAAUCAUACUGACGCACAGCUAACUCCGCCAGUAUUGAGCGACAUUCCGUUCCCUAGUUACUCCACUAUUUCUAAUUGGCCCCCUGAGUUGAUAGUGCUGCGUUAGGUUUAAGUGACACAUAGCCGCUCCAAAUUUCCACAUAACUCCACCGUCUCCAUUUGAACUGUUAGUUGCAUGCCUUGUUGUUGCUGCUGCUCCAGCCACCUUCUUCCUCUUGCUGAUUAUUGCAGCUAGAGUGGGAGGGAGCCAAACUGAGCCCUUGCCCUGGACGUACGCCACACGCAGCUGUAGCGUGGGAUGGGGAAAACAGCAGCGUUAGGCCUGAAACUGCUGUGGACGAUGGGGUGUCCCCCCGCUAAGGUAAACACUCAGACCACACACUCCCGCCCCUCCCAGAGAACAUCCGUACACACUCUCAAACACAAUCACACACGUACCGGUGUCCAUUUGUUCCUCUCCUGUCGUCGAGGAGUUUCCAUUUUUUUGGAAAUGAAUAUAACAUCUUUUUUUCUUUUUUCUUUUUUGAGGGGCAAUAAACUUUUUCCUGCUUUUGAUUUUCCUGGUCGUAUCCCUCCCCCUCAACACCCCCCCUCCCCCAAACAUCCUCUGCUCAAACAUUCCUGCUCCCGACACACUGACCACUCACCCCGACGCCAGAUUCAGACCUGCAUGUCGUCUUUCAGUCUAAAUCUGAAACGGGCACAAUGUUAGUUUACCCGCAUCUAACAGUCGUCAGGAGUACCAGGCGAUCACAGCCAGAGCUGGACGUGGACAUUUAGGUAGGAUGGGUUGUGUUAGGUUUUGUAAAUGUGCCCUUGGGGGCCACUUUGGGAUAAAGUGCCUUGCGUAAGAGCACAUCGGUAGGCCCUUCAUUUCAUAGCUGAAUAACCUGGCUCAGGAUCGGUUGCCGAUUCAACGCUCGACUCCCCUUCUCCCAAAACAACGGUUUUUGAUGCCACAUUCAACUUGUAUAAAUGACUAUAAACACAAAUUAUCAUUUUGUUUUAAAUUACAUUUUGUCCUUUGUUCUUUGAAAUGUUUAAUUAUCAAUAAAUGAAUUUGAAUUCAUCUGUA